AAGUUUGUCUCCUGUCGGCCGCCGUACAGAAACUCACAACCGGUGACAGGUUUUGUUGUUGUUCCACAAACUAAAAUGUCACGGUUUGUUGUGCUACUGUCGUCGCUGCUGGUCGUCUGCAGGGCCGGUGUGUGUCCGUGUGAGAGGCCGGAGCUCUGCCGGCCGAUCCGGGAGGAAAGAGACUUCGAGGUGUUUGUAUUCGACGUGGGUGGAAAGACGUGGAAUUCCUACAACUGGAGCGUGGUGACGACAGUGGCCACGUUCGGGAAAUACGAUGCUGAACUCAUGUGUCACGCUCACUCCAAAGGUGCUCGAGUCGUCCUAAAAGGUGAGCUCCCCCUCUCCUACAUUGUGGACCUGUCUCGGUCCAGGACGGCGUGGAUAACAGACAAAGUCAACUUGGCCAAGACUCAGUUUAUGGAUGGGAUCAACAUAGACCUCGAACAAGCAGUGGAGGAGGGCUCAGCAGAGUACUACGCUUUGACAGACCUGGUCAAAGAGACCACCGAGGCCUUCCACAGAGAGAUCCCCGGCUCUCAGGUCUCAUUCGAUGUUGCCUGGUCGCCGAAAUGCAUCGAUAAGCGGUGCUACGAUUACGUCACCAUCGCCGAAUCCUGCGACUUGGUGUUUGUGAUGUCCUACGAUGAGCAGAGCCAGAUCCUGGGCGACUGCAUCGCCAUGGCAAACGCUCCGCUCCAGCAGACACUGAACGCUUACGACCAGUAUCUGGAUCUGAACAUCGAUCCAAAGAAGCUCGUGAUGGGAGUGCCAUGGUACGGCUACGACUACCCAUGUCUCAACCUUUCCCAGGACGGGAUAUGUUCAAUAGCCAAAGUUCCUUUCCGGGGAGUUCCCUGCAGCGACGCAGCUGGAAAACAGAAAACAUACAAGUGGAUCAUGAAGCAGGUCAACAGCUCCUCGUCUGGCAGGAUGUGGGACGACAAGCAGCAGGCGCCGUACUUCAACUACAAGGACCAGAACGGACAGAUCCAUCAGGUUUGGUACGAUGACCCACAGAGCAUUUGUCCGAAGGCGGACGCGGUGAAAUCCAAAGGAUUGAGGGGCAUCGGCAUGUGGAACGGCAACAUCUUGGACUACAGUGACGACCCAGUCACCAGGCAACAGACUGAAAUGAUGUGGAACGCCCUGUUCGGAUGCUGACCGGGAUGCUCUAGUCCGUACAUCCCUCUGCGGCAGUGACAGGGCGGGCUGUUCCUUCAGGGACGCUUGCUUGCACUUCACACUUUAUCGAGGCUUUAAUCGCUGUUGUCUUUGAAUGUAGUUACAGACAUUCCUCUGAGCCAACUGAAAUAACUGUGAUUCUCAAAAAAAAAAAAAAAAGAGAGCGAGAAACCAAUAUUUUUUUAACUGUAUUUUUGAUUGAGCUUCCUGAGAUUCGUGCACUUUACUGUUUUUAAUAAAUAAAGCCCUUUUGUGAUUAA